AUGAGAGUCAGUGUUUUAAAAUAUGUUCUUUUUUCAAUUGUUAUUUGUUCUUUUGAAUAUGCCAAAAAUGAAUUAUACUUUGUAAACGAUAAAGGGAUAUACCUUGAAGGGAAUGUAAUAAACUUUAGAAAUAAUAGGAUAUUAGCAGAUGUAGAUAAAGAAUUUGAUUUAAAUGAAUUUUGUCAAUCAACUUUGAGUCUUGCAACUCAACUUGGUGAUUGCAUUGAAGAUAACGAAGAAAUAGCACACCUUCGAAAUAUUAUAGAUUCACAUAUAAAGAAGCAUGAAGAAAGUAACACAUCAAUUGAUUUAAAAAAUGUAGAUAGUAAGACAAAACAAUUAAUUAAUGAGUUUCGAAAAGAAUUAGAAGAAUUAAAAAAACAUAUUACUGAUAAAAUGAAUGGUGAAUUAGCAAUACAGCCGAUAGAUGAUAAAAUAAUAAUAAAAAAAGAUGAAAAUAGUUCUGUAUCAGAACAUGAAGACUUUAAACAAUUGGAAAAUGAAAGAAAUAUCGUAGCGAAUGAGCAUUAUGAGACCGAUUCAAGUAUCGAAGAAUUAAAAAAUAAACGAAAGUUAAAAAAAAGGAUCAAAGGAUUAAUGGUGAGGUCGGUGUUGUUGGUGGGGUUUAUUUUUGCGUUAUUGAUACCCGGAUGGAUUUCAUCUGUAUUUAUUAUUAUGAAUGCAGCGCUUUCAAUUGAAACAAUUAUUAGAAGUUAUCAAUACGUUAAAUUAUCUUUUAAAGUACGUAAAAUGCCCAAAAAAAAAAAAAAAUCAAGGUAG